GCAUUCACAAGAAAAACAAAGAAGAAACGAAAGCAUCUUUCGUGGGUUCUGUGGAUGCUACGGUGGAGAAUCUAAUGCUCGCAAAACUCCAAAACUCCACCCGCCAGUCCUGAAAGUUCAGUCUCUCUCUAAUCCGGACUUUGGUAUAUAUACAUAUAUAAAACCACCCUGUCCAUGCACAAACAUCACGCACAAGGCCCUUGUUAUCUUCCUUUGUUCUCCAUCUCUCAGCGUGGUAGCCAGUCAUGGAAGCAAGGCUCCUUCAUCAGAGCAUGAGCCCUUUUAUGCCGGCCCGCGAUCGCCCUCACUGCCGACGCACUAAAAAGCCUCUGCGUUCUCCGGUUCUUGCCGUCUUGACGAGCCCCGCCGGGAAAAUAGCGGAAAUCGUGGAGAAGGCGACGACGACGAUAAGGCUGGAAGAAGAUGCCAUUGUUACUAAGUACAAAGACAACUGGUUCGAUCUCGUGGCCACUAAUCAUCUCUCUCGAAGCGUUCAAGCCGCUAUAGGUAUUAGGAACAAAAAGAGCGGGUAUGAGGGCUUGGUGGAGGCGGCCUCAGCCGCGUACCGGAGCUUCAAUCCGACGGAGCAGCGCGAACUCGUCAUCUCAGCUCUCGAAAGAGCCUUCCCGAGGCCAAUCCUGAAUAUGAUAAGGACAUUGCUGCCUCAGUCUAAAUUCACCCGGGAAUACUUUGCUGCCUUCACCACUGUGUUUUUCUCUUGGUUGGUCGGAAAAUGCGAGGUGAGAGAAUCAGAGCUCGAUGGAAGAAGAGAAAAGAAUGUCGUCCACAUAAAGAAGUGCAGGUUUUUGGAAGAAACCAACUGUGUGGGAAUGUGCCUUAAUCUCUGUAAAAUGCCUUGCCAAACAUUUAUCAAAGACUCCCUAGGAGUGCCAGUCAACAUGGUGCCAAAUUUUGAUGACAUGAGUUGCCAGAUGGUAUUUGGGCAAGAUCCGCCAGCGAUAAGUGAUGAUCCAGCAUUUAAACAGCCAUGCUUUAAAUUAUGCAAGGCAAAGCAAAAGCACAGUGAAAAAUGCACCAGUUGAUGCAGAGAGACAGAGAAGGGGAAUGAUGGACAGUUCCAUUACCAAACUUGGACCCAAAUAAUUCUUUGUAGUGGAUAUACAAAGGCCUAGCCAAGAUUUAUUUUCCCUUUUAGUUGUUCGUUACAUUUAUUACCCAAGAAAUUAUAUAUCCAAAUAUGUCAAGAUAUGCCUAUCACCAUGUUUAUAGAGGUAUACUCUUGCAGUGUAAAAGCUAUUUCAGUAAGGCACACAUUACCAAGCUGCAAA